AUGUGUUUUGCCACUGGCGAGGAAUCUGGUAGGGUGGGUGUUCGCAAGGACAUUGCUGCUGGAGCUUUUAAUCCUAAAGCUGCCAGCUCCACUUCCAGUCAUAUCGGAGAAAUUGUGAAUUCCAUUGACUCGUUUUUUUCUUGUGAUUAUGCCACCGUGAUGAAAUUAGGCUCUUUAGAUACAGGUGGCCUUCGCAAGCUGUAUGCGUAUGAUGAUAAUGGUGCAGCGGGUACCAACAGUGUUGUGAAGAUUUCUGGUCUGGAUGGAGGCAUGAAGUGA